AUGAAUUUAAAUUUCAAUUCUACCCAAUUAAUGAAUGAGAAUUUCAAUGAUGGAGAUUAUAGCGGAUACAAUAAUGGAGGUAUGAUGAUGAAUAAUAAUAAUAAUAAUAAUCAUAAUAAUCAUAAUAAUAAUCAUAAUAGUGGAAUGAAUGAUAUGAGAAAUCAAAUUGAGGAUAGAAUAUUUGAAUUAGAGAAAAUUGAAUAUAAUAAAGAUGGUAUCACAUCAAUUGUAGUAAAUAAUGGUAAAAUGGCAAUGACAACAAGAAAUAAUUAUAUCAUUCGUUUGGAUUUAGCUGAUUCUAUACCCUAUGAAAUUAAAAUGAAUAGUGAUAUUUAUAAAAUAUUUUGUGAUCCUACAGGUAAUCAUAUGGUUAUUUGUAUGACAAAUGAAGAGAUUUAUUAUUUACAUACACAAUCAACAUCAAGAAAACCAAAACAAUUAAAGAUUAAAGUCGAUUUAAUUGAAUCAAUUGCAUGGGAUCCAGCUGGUGAUAAAAAUAAUGUUCAAACAAUUUUAAUUGGUACAAAUAAAGGUAAAGUCUAUGAAACUGUUGUUAGUGGUGUUGAAAAAGGUUAUUUCGAAUAUCUUGGUGGUAAUGCCCCAAUUUUAAAAUUGUUACAUACAUUUGAUGAUUUUGAACCAGUGAUGGGAAUGAGCUUAGAAAGAGUUCAAAAUAAAAACUUUUUAAUGGUAUCAACACCAACUAGAUUAUAUCAUUUAAUAGCACAAAUUGGAUCAUAUGAACAAUUAUUCGAUAGAUAUCAUAUUUCAUUUGAUAUUGUGCCAGAGGAAGGUAUACCAAAUGAAGCAUGUGGUCAACUUAAAUUCUUUUCAAAAUCACAUUUGUCAUUGCCACAAUCAUAUGGUUGGUUAGUAUCAACUGGUAUACGUUAUGGUGAUUUAAUUUAUGGUGCACAAAAUCCUGGUGAUAAAUUUACAAAUUCACCAUCAAUGUUAUUUUUUAAAGCAGAUCAAGAUAAUUUAAAUACCAAUAAUACUAUUGGUGGUGGUGGUAGUAGCAAUAAUAGUAGUAGUAAUAAUUCAAAUAAUAAUACACCAAAAGGUGGUAAUAGUGGAACAAAUACACCAAAUCAUUAUCAACAAUUACAAUCAUUUCAACCAGCAUUACCACCAAUACCACCAGUAUCAUUUGCAUUAAGUCAAUUCCAUUUCUUAUUGGCAUAUGAAGAUAGAUUCAUUGCAUUAAGUAAAUUAAAUUAUCAAAUCGUUUAUGAACAAGAUUUUCGUGGUAGAGGUACAAGAUUACAUUCGAUAGCAAUUGAUAAUACCGAGAGAACCAUUUGGUUAUGUGGUGAUAAUGCUUUGUAUGAAUUGAAAAUCACCGAUGAAGAUAGAGACGCUUGGAGACUUUAUAUGGAGAAAGGUCAAUUCGAUAUGGCUUUAGCAUAUGCCAAAGAACCAUAUCUCCCAGAGAAACGUGAUAAAAUUUGGCAAACUCAAGCUGAACAUUAUUUCAAAGAGGAGCGUUAUGAAUUAUCCGCUACAUUCUUUGGUAAAACUCAUAAGGUUUUCGAGGAGAUCACAUUGAAAUUCAUCAAUGUGGGUCAGCGUGAUGCUUUGAAAACUUAUUUACUUCAAAAGUUAACCAAUCUCAGUAGAGGUCAAGAAACUCAAAAAACUAUCAUUUGCACUUGGUUAAUUGAAAUAUUCAUUAGUAAAUUGAAUACCCUACGUGAUGUCUCCAAUAAAGAUAGGUACAAUAAGGUCAAUUCAGAAUUUCGUCAAUUCUUGGAGAAUUUCAAAGAUACACUCAUCAUUAUUAAAGAUAUCACAUUCAAUAUUAUCAGUAGUCAUGGUGCAAUUGAAGAAUUACUUUUCUAUGCAAAUUUAAUUGAAGAUUAUGAACGUGUAAUUAGUUAUCAUAUUCAACAUCAACAAUAUGAAAAAGCUUUAUCAAUUUUAACAACAUUGGAUAAACCAAAACCACCACCAUCAUCACAACAGCAACAACAACAGCCACAAAAAAACAAUAGAUUAGGUGUAACAAAUGUACAACAACCAGAACCAGAUGAAUUGUAUUAUAAAUUUUGUCCAAUUUUAUUCCAUUUCAUACCAUAUCAAACUUGUGAAGCAUGGAUUCAAACUAAAGCAGGAUUUUUAGAUCCAAAGAAAUUAAUUCCUUCAUUGAUGAGAUAUGAUCAUUCAAAAACACCACCAGGUCAACCAAAUCAAGCAAUUCGUUACUUACAAUAUUGUGUAAACAAACAAGGUAAUACCGAUCGUCCAGUUCAUAAUUAUUUACUCUCACUCUAUGUCAAACAAGAGGAGGAUGGUCCAUUAUCAGACUUUUUAAAUGAUGGUGUCCAUUUCGAUUUGAAAUAUGCUUUACGUCUUUGUAUGAGAGAAAAAAAGUUAAAAGCAUGUGUCUACAUUUAUAGUGCAAUGGAAUUAUUCGAAGAGGCCGUUGAUUUGGCAUUAUUGGUCGAUAUUGAUUUAGCAAAAGAGAAUGCCGAUAAAGUUAGAGAUACCGAUGAAGAAUUAUGUAAAAAACUUUGGUUACGUAUUGCUGAACAUCAAGUAAAGAAAGAUGGUAAUAUCAAAGAGGCAAUGGAAUUCUUAAAGGCAUGUUCAUUAUUGAAGAUUGAAGAUAUCUUACCAUUCUUUCCAAAUUUCACUGUUAUCGAUGACUUUAAAGAGGAAAUUUGCAAAUCAUUGGAAGAUUACAAUUCAUAUAUCGAUGAAUUAAAGGCUGCAAUGGAUGAUGCUACAAAAUCGGCUCAACAAAUUCGUAAGGAUAUUCAAAAUCUACGUAAUAAAUAUGGUCAUGUUAGAGGCGAUCAAAAAUGUGAUAUCUGUAAUUAUCCAGUUUUAACCAAACGUUUCUAUCUCUUCUCUUGUAAACAUGUUUUCCAUAGCGAUUGUUUAAUCACUCAAUUGAUGAAACAUCUCUCACCAAUGCAAAAACAAAGAAUUAGAGAGUUGGAAAUGAAUAUUGGUCAUAAUCAUAUCGAUCUUCUUUCUCAAGGCGCUCAAAAUAAUCAAAAUCCUGUAAUUAGUAAUAUCUCUUCUAUACUUGGUAAUAUUUCAGGAGGUGCUAAUCAAGCUCAAGGUGAUGAAAAUGAAAAUGUUUCUCAAGAAGACUUGGAUCGUAAUGAAUUAGAUAGAAUGGUUGGUAAAGAAUGCUUAUAUUGUGGUGAUAUAAUGAUUAGAUCAAUUGAACAACCUUUUAUUGGUUUGGAUGAAAUUGAAACUUUAGAAUCUUGGGAAAUUUAA